AUGACUGCUCUGUAUGAGCUCCAUUGUCUGUCGGCUCACCCGCUGCUCCCGCUCUGGGCUGGACUCAGUGAUCAGAGGCUGUGGGGGGACAGCGGGCGCCAGCCUUGCCAAGGCCUGGUGUCUCCUGGGAGCUGGGGGCUGGGGUGGCCGGUGACCUUCGAGGACGUGUUCGUGUACUUCUCCCGGGAGGAGUGGGGGCUCCUGGACGAGGCUCAGAGGCGCCUGUACCGCGACGUGAUGCUGGAGAACUUCGCCCUCGUGUCCUCCCUGGGACUCGCCGUCUCCAGGUCCCCUGCGGUCACCCACGCGGAGCGGCCGUACGCCUGCAGCGAGUGCGGGAAGGUCUUCAGCCAGAGCUCCCACCUGGUCGAGCACUGGAGGAUCCACACCGGGGCCCGGCCCUUCGAGUGCAUCGAGUGCGGCAAGUUCUUCAGCCACAACUCCAGCCUCCUCAAACACCGGCGAGUGCACACGGGAGCCAGGGCCCACGUGUGCGGCGAGUGCGGGAAGGCCUUCGGCUGCAGAGACACCCUGGUCCAGCACCAGGUCGUCCACACCGGGGCCCGGCCGUACGCGUGCGGCGAGUGCGGGAAGGCCUUCAGCCGCAAGGACACCCUGGCCCAGCACCAGCGGUUCCACUCCGGGGAGCGGCCGUACGCCUGCAGCGAGUGCGGGAAGGUCUUCAGCCAGAGCUCCCACCUGGUCGAGCACUGGAGGAUCCACACCGGGGCCCGGCCCUUCGAGUGCAUCGAGUGCGGCAAGUUCUUCAGCCACAACUCCAGCCUCCUCAAACACCGGCGAGUGCACACGGGAGCCAGGGCCCACGUGUGCGACGAGUGCGGGAAGGCCUUCGGCUGCAGAGACACCCUGGUCCAGCACCAGGUCGUCCACACCGGGGCCCGGCCGUACGCGUGCGGCGAGUGCGGGAAGGCCUUCAGCCGCAAGGCCACCCUGGCCCAGCACCAGAAGGUCCACACCGGGGAGCGGCCCUACGCCUGCGGCCAGUGCGGGAAGGUCUUCAGCCACAGCUCCAACCUGAUCGUGCACCAGCGGACCCACACCGGGGCGAAGCCGUACGCGUGCAGCGAGUGUGGGAAGUCCUACAUCAGCAGCUCCCACCUGGUCCAGCACCAGAAGGCACACACGGGAGCGAGGCCGUACGCGUGCGGCGAGUGUGGGAAGUUCUUCAGCCGCAACUCCAGCCUCAUCCUGCACCAGCGGGUUCACACUGGAGAAAAGCCUUACGUGUGUGGCGAGUGCGGGAAAGCCUACAGCAGGAGCUCCCACCUGGCUCGGCACCAGAAGGUUCACGCUGGCGCGAGACCUCACGACCGCGGCAGUUUUGGGGGCCCUUUGGCCGCAUCGCUGAGACUGGUGUAGCCCCGGGAGGCUCACACUGGAGAAGGGCCUGUGAAUGCGGGGUAUGAGCCUCUCCGUGUUCGUCCUCAGCCUCACACCGGAGGGAGCUCUGUGAGCACCUGGCACCCAGGUUGCACGGCCUGCAGGCGAGCCUCAUAUGGCGUGCGCCCACCUGGGACACUCCCCUGAGCACCGUGAGCUGGGCGUCUCCAUGAGCGACGCUGCACUUUCCGAGCUGUCUAGAGCUCUUGACGGUUUUGUCAGUGCCAGUGCCUUUGGCAGAAGCCAUCGCUGCCUCCAGCUGUCGGUCCCCCUGCGUGUCAGUCGCUCCAGUAGCUCAGGGAAGGCAGACCCCUGCACACGCCCUCAUUCCCUGGCGGGGAUCCGCGGGUUCCGAGCCAUGGAAGGUCCUCACUUCCCCUGACGGGUUCUGAGAGGACGUGGUCGAGCUCUGGCCACAGGAUCUGAGCGGGAGUCUGCUGGGCAUUCCCACACAGGCUUCCUUCAAGCAGCCUGGACGCUAAGGCAUUGGUCCUCUUCCAAUCCCCCACCAGUGGAACUGCUGCCCGCAGCUCCGGUCCCCGGCGGUGCAGGCCUGCGGGGCGUCAUGGCGACUCCGACUCCGGGAGGGCCUGCUCCCGGUGGGACAUCGAUUGAGAGGAGCCUGGGUUCUGCCAACACGAGGGAGGAACACCUUUGUUGGCACCAACUUCAUGUGCCUGAGAAGGGACAGCAGGAGGGCAGAGGACAGACCUCAGUCCAGUUGGGCCUGGUCUGCAUUACUGUCUGAGGCUUGCGGGGAAAUGACUGAGACGGUCGUGUGUGUGCCUGAUCCUGCGGCCUGGACGUCCAGGCUCUCUGGAGGCCAGAGUUCAUGCUGAGAAACCGCCAGUGCUUCUGGAAGUGCCGUGAGUUGGGUCCCUUUUUCGUAGGAGACGCCCCAUCCUCCCCGGCACGUUUGGGGGCCUUCUGUCCCCUGGAUCUGCGGGAGCCAGUCCCCGGUGUUCAGGAACCUGGGCAGGUGUCAGCGCCUGGAAGGCCUGCAGGGCAAGGUGCGAGUCAUGCUUGUGUAGCGAUGCUUAGACCACGGCGCCGGGCUGACUGGAAACGAGAGGUUGUGUGUCUGUUAUAAAGGGGUCGUCUACAAUGCCCGUG